GUUUCACCAGGAAAGGGGGCUAGCACAACCCCAAACCUUGGGCCCCAGCCCAGGCUGGUGCCCCGCGGGCGUGGCUGGGACGGGGGCCAGGUCCCGGGCCAGCAUCCCCGCUGGAGAUCCCGCAGCGCGAAGCUUUUCAAGAUCCUUAGGCUGCCUUUUAAACUGAACCCUCCCUAGGACAGGCCUCCUGGGGUUGUGGGGACCUGAGAGAGAGACCAGGGCUUUUAAGAUCCCGGGUCGCUGGGCAGGGCUGGCGUGAGGGCACCGCCCGGAGGCAGCUGAGCCCUCUGGGCUCUGGGGACCAGCGCGCGGGGAGGCGGGCCCGUCCUGAGCGGGUGGGCGCGGUGCGCAGGCACCGCAGUUAUUUUGGGACGCGCCCUGGUUGCAAGCACUUCCAGCCGCUCCACUUACAGCACUGUCCCCGGGCCCAGUUCUGGGGCGAGGAUGCCGGCCCUUCACAUCGAAGAUUUGCCAGAAAAGGAGAAACUGAAGAUGGAAGUUGAGCAACUUCGCAAAGAAGUGAAGUUGCAGAGACAACAGGUGUCUAAAUGUUCUGAAGAAAUAAAGAACUACAUUGAAGAACGUUCUGGAGAGGAUCCUCUGGUGAAAGGAAUUCCAGAAGACAAGAAUCCCUUUAAAGAAAAAGGCAGCUGCAUUAUUUCUUAAUAACUCUGGGGAGAAACUUCAUCCUCAGUGGAAGAACUAGCUUGUUUUAGUUUUCGAAAAUAAAACCAACAUGCCUUUUAAAGAAAGAAGAACUAAAUUUAAAGGGGACUUUCUUAAGCACUUAUAUAGAUACUGUUUUGUAUAAAAGCUAUGUGCUUCUCAUCUUCGCUCACUACCCACCCUUUUAAGAGGGCAGAGAAUAUCAAAUGUACAGUUAUGGAAAUAAGGACAUUACUUGUGCAUGACUCACCUCUUUCAGUAUAUUGCUUGAUGCCUCAAAUAAAGUUGUAUCUCCGGAAAAUGA